GCAACUUCUUCCCGCAAAUCCCCAAGCGUCUCAUCCACUGGGCACUGAACAAAGUUGCGGCUCCCACCACACUGGAGCGGGAGGACGAACGGUUAAUUCUUGAUCCGCUAUUGGUAGUUAUUCUUCGAUCCACACUUCCGAGAGGCCGGCACAUGUGCGGAUUUUGAUAUCAAAACCUUUCAACAAAAGCUACAAAAUAAAUCAUAAAAGAGAUUCCUGCAUUUACGGUCCUUUGUUCUGCUAUAAUCCCUCAGCAGCAUAUAACUUAAAAGUUUCAUCCAUCCGAGUAACUUAAAUCAAUACCGAUGUCUCCAUCUGCAAUUCAAAACAAUGGCAGCAGGGCCAAUAUAUCCUCAGCUUCGUCCCCAAUCCACACCAUACCCCUCAUUAUAAAUAAUGAACCCUAUUAUUCCUCCAACACCUUUCCCGUCUUUUCUCCAAUCGAUAAUUCACAUCUCCACAACUGCGUAUCAGCGUCUGCAUCUGAUAUUGACCUCGCCCUCAAUACAGCUCAAGCCGCUUACCCAGCAUGGCGUACUUUGCCGCCACCUCAAAAACGUGACAUCUUUCUCCGCGCAGCCGAAAUUUUGCUCGAGCGAAAGCCUCUCCUCGAGGAAAUAAUGCAUAAAGAAACCGGCUCCGAAGCCAUCUGGGCCAACUUUAACACCGAUACUUCUCGAGAAGGCCUCUUAGAUGUUGCUGGUCGUCUGAGUUCCAUCGCGGGUAGUAUCCCCAUGACAUCAGAAGAAGGUCGUAGUGCGCUCGUGUAUAAAGAACCUUAUGGGGUUAUCCUCGGCGCUGCACCUUGGAACGCUCCUUACAUUCUCGGUUUCCGAAGUGUCAUGAAUGCGCUAGCAGUAGGCAAUUGUGCAAUUCUCAAGGCAUCUGAAUUUUCACCCAUGUGUAGUUGGCAAAUCUGUGAUAUUUUCCACAAAGCUGGGCUACCAAAAGGAGUCCUGACUCUCGUGGCCAUUUCAGUUGAAGAUGCUCCAGCGAGAACUGCACAACUGAUCGAGAGUCCCAUUAUCAAGAAGAUCAAUUUUACCGGUAGCACGAGGGUGGGCAAGAUUUAUGGAGAAUUGGCCGGGAAGAAUCUCAAGCCCAUAGUGCUGGAGUUGGGUGGAAAGGCUAGCGUGAUCGUGUGGGAAGAUGCAGAUUUGAAAUUGGCGGCGACAGAGUGUGCAAAGGGAGCUUUCUUAAACUCGGGUCAAAUCUGUAUGAGUACAGAAAGAGUUCUGGUUCACAAAAAUGUUGCGGUGGAGUUGUAAGCUUUCCUUUCUAUUUCAAUUUACUCUAUUACUCUCAUCAUUCCUGACAAAGGAGAUGAUCGAUGCAUACCACAAAACUAACAAACCAUACAGUGAAAAAGCAUUCGCAGCCGCCACAGCAGAAAUGUUCUCAUCAUCCGGGACCCUCAUUAACCCUCAAGGCGUCUCCAGAAACGCAUCCCUAAUCUCCGAUUCCCUUUCCAAAGGCGGCUCCAUUCUCCACGGCACAGCACCAGCCGAAAAUUCACCACCCACCACCAAAAUGGCCCCAGUAAUUCUCAAAUCCGUCACGCCCUCCAUGUCCAUCUACCGUGAAGAAUCCUUCGGCCCAACCGUAUCCGUAAUCGAGAUCUCAACCGAAGAAGAAGCUAUCCGCAUAUCAAACGAUACGGACUAUGGACUCUCAGCCGGCAUCUAUACGCGCGAUUUGCAGAGAGGUUUGAGGAUGGCUAGGGCCAUUGAGAGCGGUGCUGUGCAUAUAAACGGUUAUAAUGGGAGUAUACAUGAUGAACCGUGUUUACCGCAUGGAGGGAUGAAGAAUAGUGGAUUUGGACGGUUUGGGGCGAGUGGGUUGGAGGAGUGGGUUAGGACGAAGACGGUAACGUUUAAGAAUUAGAGGAUGGGAGUUGGGUGGAGCGACUUUGCUGACUUGCUGUGAUUGCGCUUAGGAGGGUCUGAGAAAUAUUCUGAAUGGCUGUUGUGUGGUUAUUAUGAAGUUUGCAUUGACGGUCUUGAAUUAAGGUUAUUUUUCGUCUUUGUUAUUUGCAAAAUUGUAUGAUAUAUCGUAACUUCCAGUAGUGUACUGAAUGACUAGGACAUGCUAAACGAGGAUUUAU